AUGUCUUUCAAAUCCCAAUCAUCCGAAAUACAAAGAAGAAAACAAAUGUUGGCAAUUUCACGACAAACACUUUCAGAAUUAAUGGAACUUUUAAGACAAGACAGAAGUCCGGUAUGCCAGGGAACUGCUUGCAGGCCAGUCCUUGACCAUAGUAUACAACAACAUUUAACACAUUUUUCUAUGGUCACCCACGGUUUUGGCACUCCAGCAAUUCUUGCGGCUUUGACUGCAGUGAUGAGUUGGCUUAAUGAAUCGGAGAAGAAUUUAUUACAACAACAAUCAACUGAAACAAAAUAA